GACGUGCAAAACAACACUUCAGAUGCUCAGACAAACCCCAAAGCAAGCAAAUAAUCUAAAUAUUGAGUGCUAUCACACUUUUGGUAGAUAAAUCUGGUGAUAUUCUAGGUGAGUAUGUCACGAGUGGGCAUAUCGCAGCGACAGGCAAUGCGCAGUCAGUCGGGCAUGGAGGAGAGCAAGAGCAGCGAAAAAGAAAAGUGAGAGAGAGAAAACAGUCAAACAAAUUAAUCAUCACUGAGGAGAUCUGAGAAAAGUGCUGUGGAAUUCUGGAGUGUUGCGACGUCCACCAUGAAGUCCAAGAUCGAUUUCAACGAGGCCCUGAAGGACUCACCGACGUUCCGGUCAGUGCUGGACGAGGAGGAGGGUGACAUCGAUCACCUGGAGCAGAAGAUCGAGCGUGUGCUGAAGAUGUGCACGGCGGCCGUGGACUCGGGAAAGGAGUACGUGAAGAACAACUCCGCCUUCGCCACUUCGCUCUGGGACUUGCAGAGGCACUUCAAAGACGACCGGACGUCACACAGCGCCCUGGAGAAGGUCAUCCAUUGCCUGCAGGAGAUGAACAAGUUCCACACGAUCCUGCUGGAUCAGGCGAGCAGGACGGUCCUGAAGAAUCUCACCUCCUUCAUCAAGAGUGAAAUCAAGGAAGUGAAGGACUACAAGAAUCUCUUCCUCAAAGUGUCUGAGAAUCUCGACGGGGCACUGCAGAAGAACGCCCAGGUGAACAAGAACAAGCCCACAGACGUGCAGGAGACGGAGAAUUACCUCUCAGCCACGCGAUCCUGCUUCCAGCACACCGCUCUGGACUACGUCAACAUCCUCACGAUGCUGCAGGCGAAGAAGAAGCCCGAAAUACUCUCCACACUCCUCAGCUACGUGCAGGCGUGCAGCACUUACUAUCAUCAGGGCUCUGACUUGUGUGAGGAUUUUGAUCCGUACUUCAAAGUGUUGGCCGAUGAUAUUUGCACGAUGCGUAGUGAAUGUGUGUCGCUGGAGAAGACAAUGCAGAAUCGCCAUGCGUCAGUGACGAACUUCGAUCAGGGCCACACGGAGGGUUAUCUGUUCAAGAGGACCUCCAAGGGCUUCAAGACGUGGAACAGGCGCUGGUUCUACAUCUCCGGCAAUCAGCUGCUCUAUCGGAAGCGCAAUGGGGAAGAGAGUCCCACGGUGAUGGAGGAGGAUUUGAGCAUUUGCACCGUUCGGCUGGCCAGUGAGUGCGACAGACGCUUCUGCUUCGAGGUGAUCUCACCCGCGAAGAAUCACAUGCUGCAGGCUGACUCUGCGGAGUCCCUGAAGGCCUGGAUCUGUGCACUGCAGACUGGCAUUGGGACGGCGAUUCAGAACAACAAUUCCAAGGCUCUGCUGACAUCUGCGGACUCAUCAAAGCCGUCUGGGGACUCGAAGAGGGUGAACUGGGAGUACUUCCUCACGAUUCCCGGCAACAGCAUGUGCUGCGAUUGUGGACAUCCGCAGCCCAAGUGGGCGUCCAUCAAUCUGGGCAUCACGCUCUGCAUCGCCUGCUCGGGCAUCCAUCGCAGCCUCGGCGUGCACUACAGCAAGGUGCGCUCUCUCACGCUGGACGCCUGGGAGCCGGAGAUCAUCAAGGUGAUGACGGAGCUGGGCAACGGCGUGGUGAAUAGAAUCUACGAAGCCACUGCCGAUGGAGCUGCCGUUGAACGGGCCACGGAGAAUUGCGACAUUUCCGUGCGUGAGGCGUGGAUUAAGGCGAAAUACGUGGAGAGGCGCUUCGUGGCCUCUCUCACGUCCAUCACGGAUGCUCUCUGUGCCGAAAGUGCACGCAAUUUCGGCACAAAUCAUCGGCGUGGAAAGGCUUUCCAGGCUGCCAGAUGGAGUGUGAAGAAGCUGAGGCGCAGACAGAAGUCAACGAGUUUGAAAGCAACUCCUGCCGCCGAGGAGACUGCCUCCGGUGAGUCCUCAUCCGGGCAGGAGGAGCACGAUGAGGAGGAUUGCAAUGAGGACAAGGACGAUGGGGAUGAGAAGCAACCGGUGAAGGUGGACGUGGUGUUUGGGGAGAAUCUCAGUGAACCCCUCAAUCAGGCGUCCUUCUGUCUGGACUCUGACGAUGAGUCUGUGAAUGACGAGGAACAACCUCAGGACAAUGAAGACAUUCAGAAACUCAAUCCAGACGUUCUUCUCUACAAGGCAGCUCUCAAUCACAAUUUGCCCGUCAUGAGUCAAGCUUUGGCUUUGGGAGCCAACAAGAACUGGACGAAUGCCGAGGAUCUCGACAGGACGUCACUUCAUCAGGCUGUUUUAUCUGGCUCAGUGAUGGCUUGCGAGUUCCUCCUUCUCAACGGUGCCGAUAUUAAUGCCAAAGACCGCAACGGAUACACGCCUCUGCAUCUGGCCACGGAAAAGGGUGGCACGGCACAGGCGUAUCUGCUGCUGAAGAAUAGGGCCAAAUAUGAUAUUGUGACAGCUGAAGGAAAGCAGCCAAUCGACAUUGCUGUUGACAAUGCAAAUGCCGACAUUGUGACGCUACUCCGGCUGACGAAGCUGAACGAGGAGAUUGGCCUGUCGGAGCAGGGAUUGGGCGGUGAUGAGACUUACAACGACGUGAUGAAGGACUUUUCGCAUUUCGCUAUAAAUCAGCCCCAUCGCCUGCAGCGCCCGAAAUUGGACGAUCAGGAAGCGGAGUGAAAAACUCUAACGCAGAAUCUCGUAUGUUAUUCCACUAACUGUAAUUGUAAAUUUGUGUUUUUUCUCAUUUUCUAAUUAUUUACUGUUUAUACAAGUUUAUUCUAUAUACAAAAGCAAAAAAAGUGAAAGAGAGAAUCGAAGUGUUGUUCC